AUGCCACAGCAUCCGCAAGACAAACUGGAAGCGGCGGCCGAGGCAGCAGGAGCAGCUGCAGCAGCUGCAGCCGCAAGUGUCUGGCGCUUCUUUGAGGACGACUCUGCAUUAAAACAGAACGCGCUUAAAAGCAUCAAUGGGACCUGCGCCAGCAGCACCCAAAACAGUACUGACGAAAAGAAAGAGACUCCUGCGCAUGCUUCAGGAGUAGGAGCAGCGGCAAAACUAGCACCAGUCAUAAAGUCACCUGCGCCAGCAUCUUCUCAUACUUUUGCUGCUGCUGCUGUGGCCCAUGGAAACGGCACCAGCGGCAAUUUUAGCAGCAGCGAAAGCAGCAGCAGCAGCGACAGCAGCACAACAGCGACCAGUAAAGACACAAGCCCCUUGGGACCUCGAGGAAAUUCAGGCAAAAUCAAUGCUUCAGCAGAGUGUAGCAACAGCAGCAGGGUAAACAAGGUCGACGGUGACGGCAUCACCGACGGCAGCUUCAGUGGCAGCCGCAGUAGCAGCAGUAACGCGUGCACCAACAGUGGCGGCAACAGCAGCAACGGGGGAGACCUUGUGUCAGCUUUGGGAAUGCUAAGGAGUGCAGCAAGCCGAGUUAUAUCUGGAAGCUUACAGCAGCAACAGCAGCGGCCCCACCAGCUGCAGGUAACAGAAGAACCCCACAGCUGCGAAGGUCUUCAGUCUGCAAGCAGCAAUGCUGAUGCAGCUGCACAAACAGUCGCUGCUGCUGCGGCAGCUGCUCCAGGUGCUGCAGCAGCAGCAGCUGUCGUUGCUGCUGCAGUUGCAGCAGCCGAGGCAGCUCUUCGAGGAGGUAGCAACUCAGAGCCUAGCAGCAGCAGCAAAAGCAACACCAGCAGCACGGCGCACUACCAGACCUCAACCACCCCAGAGGCUGUGCAAGUUAUGCAUAGAUUACCACCGCAGCAACAGCAGAAGCAGCAGCUUCAAGGCAAGGAAGACCAGUCUCAUGAUUCAUCGGCAGCCAACACUGAGACGAGAGGUGCUGCAGAAGCUGCACAGUCUGCUGCUGAAGCGGCGGCAGCAGCAGACUUAACGGCAGAAACAACCUCAGAGGGAGAAACAUCCGCUGCAGCAGCACGAAGUGUGGCAGAAACAACGGCAGCGGCAGGAAUCCAUAAACUGGUGGAGACUCGUCUCGGCUACGCGACAGACAUCGGGGGCCAGCUGCAGCAAACAGCCCAGCAAACGGCAGCAAAGAAGCACCCCGAAGAAGGCAAGCGAAACCAUAACCCUUGA